AUCGAAAAAAUUAUUCCCAAAUAUGCCCAAUGAGUAGUGUAAUUAAAUAAUCCGUAAUUUAAAAUUACUCCGUAGUUUCCUCUUUUUUUCUUAAUGAAAAAUUUGCAGCCAAAUAAUGUACGAGAUGGAUGAUGAUUGAGGGAAGGCGAGAGGAAAGUAGGGUGAAAUAACCAACUGCCGACGGUACUCACAGCCAGUCAACGAUAAGUAGCCACCACCAGCGCCGCCACCAUCCUCCGCUCAACACCGCCUCUCUCCUCCGGCGGGAAAUUCCCCCAUCCCAGACAAUGGAUUCCUCCCCACUGAAUCGCCUCCCUCAAGACACUUUCCACCAGAUCUUCGCCCAGCUACCCCUUCGCGACAUCUUCAUUUCCCGAUGUGUCUGCAAAUCCUUCAACGCCUCACUCUCUUCUCCGGCUUUCCUCCACCUCAUCACCGCCGAUCAGCCGCCUCUCUCCCUCCUCGCCCUCCGCCCCUCCCACCGACACUCUCACUGCGGCGCCGGCGCCGCCGGAUCUUCCUCCCCUUCUCUCAACGUAUUCGACACCUCCCUCAACUACUGGUUCCGUUUCCCCCUCUCCUUCCUCCCCUUCCGUUCUCACUACCCCAUUACUUCCUCCCACGGCCUCCUUUACCUCUGGGCCGAAAACCCUACCCCCAAUUCCACCCUCCCGCCAGCGAAUGCUAAUACCAAAACCCUCGUCGUCUGCAAUCCCCUCACCCGCGAUUUCAGCGUCCUCCCUCAGCUCGGAUCCGCUUGGUGCCGCCAUGGCUCCGUCCUCGUCGGCUCGCCCAGUCAAGUCCUCGUGCUCACCGAGCUAGCUGCAAUCUACUACAGUCCCAAAUCAUCUCCUGAGAACUGGCAGAUAUUUUCCUCAAACUUGCCCUCAAAACCACGCAGCCCGGUGUUGAUCUCCGACACAAUCCUCGCUCUCUGCGAUGUUGGAUCUCCAUGGCGAGCCCAGUGGAAGCUCUUCAAGUCAACAAUCAAGGAUUUGCAGGUGACCCAGCAAUGGACUCGCCUGGAGAAGCAAGAAUGGGGGGACAUUUUUGACAUCCUGAAACGGCCCAGACUGUUGGUGGGUGAGAACAAUAAGUUGUUGAUGAUUGGGGGGUUGAAGAUCUCUUACUCAUUGCACAACUCUUGUUCCACCAUUUUGAUUCUGAGGUUGGAUCUGGAGAGCCUGGAAUGGGAGGAGGCAGGGAGAAUGCCGGCUGAGAUGUUUAAGCAUUUCCCAGAUUCAACCAAGUUCAAGGUGUUUGGUGGAGGGAGCAGAGCUUGUUUCUCAGGGAAGAGGGUUGGAAGAUUAGCUCUUUGGGAGGAGCGAGAGAAUGGAGAUGCAGAUUGGCGNGUGGGUGAGAACAAUAAGUUGUUGAUGAUUGGGGGGUUGAAGAUCUCUUACUCAUUGCACAACUCUUGUUCCACCAUUUUGAUUCUGAGGUUGGAUCUGGAGAGCCUGGAAUGGGAGGAGGCAGGGAGAAUGCCGGCUGAGAUGUUUAAGCAUUUCCCAGAUUCAACCAAGUUCAAGGUGUUUGGUGGAGGGAGCAGAGCUUGUUUCUCAGGGAAGAGGGUUGGAAGAUUAGCUCUUUGGGAGGAGCGAGAGAAUGGAGAUGCAGAUUGGCGGUGGGUCAGUGGAGUUCCUGGCAAUGGUGAUGGACUUUACAGAGGGUUCAUGUUCCAAGCUCGGCUUACUGCUUCACCAUAGAAUCCACAUGGAAGAAGAAGGAGAAGAAGAAGAAGAAGAAGAAGAAGAAUCUGUGUGAUGGUAAUGUUAUUUAUUUACGUUCCACUUCGUUCAUUUGAAUUAGUACCGAAAUAUUGGUUUUUAGACUUAAAAAACCAAUUGUUGUUGUAUGAUUAUCAACUAUAAAGUACUCCGUAUCUGUUUUCAUUCAUUUGAACAUAUAUCCAAAUGACAAUAGAUGAUUUAAUACAUUGUUUGUUGCUACAACUGUGUAACACUUUUAUUUAUAAUCAGAAACACCAUGGUAAUCUGCUUGAAUUGUUUCUCUCGCGUGUUCAAUCCCUGCCAUCCUUGACCUUAGAUUUAGUAAUGAUCAGAACCAUCAUCUCAGCGCAUUAUUCUGUCUCCGUUCAAAUAGUCAUUUGGUUAGUUCCUUUCCCAUUGGUUUCCUAAAAGAUUGGUUUUUUUCGCUCAUACUUGUAUCUGGAUGAAUUAAGUUGGUUGAGAGAAAGAUUCAUGAAAAGUUCCAUAGAAUGCAAUGAAUCACGAGAUGAAUC